CAAACUGUUUGCAAGGAUGCAAUAUUGUGAUUUUGUUAUUACCUAUCAAAAAGGACAGCCAGUAAUUUGCCAAAAGUCAUUAGCCACUCUUAAUUUGGCUGUUUAAGGUUUAAAAGCAGUGCUAAUUAAGUAAUCAAUCUGAGCCAGGUAACAGAAGUUAAGAAAGCCAUAGAAAAUAGAAAGUCACGUGAUUAAGCUCGUGAGCAUGCAAUUCACACCAAAUAUUGCAUUGUGUAUUGCUUUUCUCUAGUACUACUACUUUUUUUUUAACUCCCAAUCUUUCUCAUUUUCUUCUAUAAAGGCGUUCGCCCACCAUCUAUCGACACUCCUUUCCUUUCUCUCUCUCUCUCUCUCUCUCUGAGAUGGCAACUAAAGCAGCUGAUCAAGAUGCUUCUGGAGCACUGAAGUAUAAGACAUGGGUUUUGAAAGUAUUCAUCCAUUGUGAAGGCUGCAAGAAGAAAGUCAAGAAAGUUCUUCAAGCAAUUGAUGGUGUUUAUGAGACGACCAUAGAUUCACAACAGCACAAGGUGACAGUUACUGGCAGCGUGGAUGCAGAAACGCUCAUCAAGAAGCUGACCAAGUCAAGAAAAUACGUUGAGCUUUGGCCGGAAAAGAAAGAGAAAAAGCCUGGAAAACCGAAGAACAAUGAGAAACAAAAAGACGAGGAAGAAGCUGGUGAUAAUCAUGACCCAAACAAUAACUCAGCAGAGAAUCCUGAAUUAGCCGCUGCCAAAAAUGGUGGUGCGGGUGGUGUUAAAGGCUCUGCUAGAGAUGACCAGCCUCCAACAGGGGACCAAAUGGGAGGUGAAAGCGAGGAACCAGACACUGCCGAAAGUUCUGGAGGUGGUAGUAAUGGAGGUAAAAAGAAGAAAAAGAAAGGGCAGAAAGGCAACCCUGGUCCCAAUGGUGAUGCAUCCGGCGACACUCUAUUACCUCUGGCCCAUCCAGACCAGGCCCCACCUAUGACAUCAAUCAAUCUAAGCCCUCCAAAUCAGCCUAUGUAUCCAUUCUCACAUAUGUGCUAUGGACCUCCAUUGUAUGGAGUAAGUCAUAACACCACUUAUCCUAGCUCAGGCUCCUCAUUUUAUACCCCUACCGUCCUUUUUAAUGAAAACGGACCACCAGCUCCACCGUCUGAUCCAAUCGAAAAAAUCAAUGAAGAUGAUUAUUACGAUUAUGAUGAUGAACAAGGUGGCUGCUCGAUCAUGUGAACGAGACAUUGAAGAAAAGGAGUACAUGUUUAUGUUAGUAUUAUAAGGUGUACCGUUUAAUGGAGAGGGGAUAGGAAGGAUUAAUUUUGGAAGAUGCAAACAAAAAGCAAAAAAAAAAAAAAAAAAAUCUACAGUACACUAUUUCGCUAGGAAAAAAAAAAGUGGGUUUUACUUUUUAUUGGGGUUUGGAUGGUUUUUAUAUAUAGUUGUACAGACUAGGUUGUCGUUAUCUAGCUUCUCCGUAAUUUGCUACUGUUUUUUGGGUCUCGUUCAGCGCAGGGGUUUAAUUCAGGCUUUUAGGGGUUUGGUAUUUGCUUAUUGUAGGACCUCAAAAUCUCUCCCUUUCCCUCUUUCUUAUGAGUAAAGA